AUACAUAACACAUACAUACAUUGCAAACAAAGCAAUAAAUAAUCAUGGCUAAGUUUGCUACCAUCAUCACGCUUCUCUUCGCUGCUCUUGUUCUCUUUGCUGCUUUUGAAGCACCAACAAUGGUGGGAGCACAGAAGCUGUGCACAAGGCAUAGUGGGACAUGGUCGGGAGUUUGUGGAAACAACGAUGCAUGCAAGAAUCAGUGCAUUCGACUUGAGGGAGCACGACACGGAUCUUGCAACUACGUCUUCCCAUAUCAUAGAUGUGUCUGUUACUUCCCUUGUUAAUCUACCAAAGGCUCUUUGCUGCUUGCAUGUCUACUAUACAAAAAAAUAAGUCUGUCACUAGAGUGUGAUAUGACAUGUAUGUUAGUUUGUGUUUCAAUGUUUGGUUUGGUUAAUAAUAAUAAUAAUAAUAUAAACUAUUAUAUAGACGUCUA